GUCUCGGACUUGCCGCCGUUGCUUGCCAACUUCACUCUCUAAUCUGUGUGGCUCACUUCACUUCGGUGGUUAGUCAUUAAUCUAAGGAGAAUAUGGUGCUUUCUUUUGUAUUCUGUAAAAUAAGAUAUCAAUAAAAUAACAGGGGGUGAUUGGCAGUUAAUUUAAAUCUCAUUUGGCCAACUAUUCAAACAUGAAGGGGAUCGGUUUUGAGCUUGGCAAAUCAUUAGGGCCUUUGGGCAUAGCUGCGGCUGUCGGUGCUGGUAUAAUGAUGGCUGCAAAUGCCAGUGACGCUAUGGGAUUUAAUGAUGCUUUUUCAAGUAGGCAACAGUUUAGAGUAUCAUCAAGCCACGUAGAAGAAGAAGAGGAAGAAGAAAAGAAGCGAAAAUUGAAAGAUGUAGUAGUAAUAGGGUGCGGCGCUGCCGGGAUUGCUGCCCUGAGCAAGCUGCAGGAUGCCGGCUUGGACGUGGUGGGUUUAGAGGCAGCGUCUAGGAUCGGUGGACGAAUCCGCACCAUUCCCUUUGCGGAUGGCGUCGUCGACCUCGGCGCAGCGUGGUGCCACGGCGAAACAGGAAAUAAGGUGUUUGAAUUAGCCAAUCCUCAUGACCUUUUGGGCAGACCCGGCAAAGAAGAAGUCUGGUAUAUAUUUUCCAACGGCACCCUUAUGCCAAACGGGAACGCAAAUACUAUUGUCAACGAAUUCAAAGACGCUGAGAGAGACGCAAAUGGAAUUGAUAAGAGGUCCAUUUCGAAGUGUAUUGACGAAAAAGUGGGUCGUAAGUCCAUCGUUGAUCCGGGAAGAAUUCCAAUAACCGCGCCGUUUAUUGAAUGGUACAAAAGAGAUAACCACCUGGGAGGGCAAGUCGAUCCUAAAGAGGGGAAGUCCCUUAGAAACCUUGUGGAAAAUGAGACUUGUCGCGGGGAGUUCUGGCUCAAUUGGAAAGGAAAGGGCUACAAGACUAUUCUAGACGUUUUGUUGAAAAAAUAUCCUCAUUCGUCGAAGUCCGAACCUGAGAUAUUUCUGAAUACCAAGGUGAAUUCUGUAAUUUGGCAACUGGAAGACGAUACCAAUGACAAUAAACCGUACGUGAAAGUAAUUGCGAAUAACAUGACGAUCGAGACGAAGUGUGUUAUCAUCACUGUCUCAAUUGGGGUCCUUAAAGAAAGCCACAGUAAGCUGUUUAUGCCCAUGUUAGAGCCGGAAAAAAUCAGUUGCAUAGACAACAUCGGUUUCUGCGUGUUGGAUAAGAUUUACAUAGAAUUCGCGAGCACAUGGUGGGGUCAUUCACCCGCUAAUUUCAACGUCAUAUGGAAACAGGAGGACAAGAAUGAUUUUUCCGAGAUUGAUCAGUGGGUGACAGAAAUAUACGGACUGAGGACAGUUGAACACCAGCCGAAUGUACUCUUGGCUUGGAUCUACGGAGAGGGGGCGAAGAAAAUGGAAGGGAAAGAUGACCAUGAAGUAAAAAGUGGCAUCGAAAAAUUUAUGCAACAUGUAUUUAGUUUAAACUUCAAAGUGUCGGCGAUUAAAGGAAUCAUAAGGUCCCAGUGGUCUAGAGACCCAUUAGUUCGCGGCUCGUACUCGUACCGGAGUGUGGCCACGGAAGAAGCCGAGGCCAGUGCGGCAGGCCUCAAGAAACCUCUGAACUUUAAAGGCAAGGCGGUCGUAUACUUUGCUGGGGAGGCCACUUCGGAAAAACACUACAAUUCGGUCCACGGAGCAAUAGAAUCGGGAUUCCAGGCUGCCGAGGAUGUGAUGCGAGCGCCUCCGUUUUAAAAA